AUGAUUUGGGGCGCGAUCUGGGGUGGUGGUUCCUCGAAGAUAUACGAAAUGGUUCGAGAUAAGGCAUCCGCCCGAAACGGCUACUCUGCACGCUCGUAUCUCGAUGUUUUAGAGGGAAAUCUACCUCAAAUUCUCGAUGAUACCAACCGCAUCUUCAUGCAGGAUAACGCCCCGAUUCAUACGGCUCGUUUAAUCAAGUCGUGGUUGGAUGAGCACGAAUAUGAUGUGAUGAAGUGGCCUCCGUAUUCGCCGGAUCUGAACCCUAUCGAACAUGCCUGGGCUAAGCUCAAAGAAAUGAUCGAUAGGCUGGAUCCGCACCUGGAAUCAUUUGCUGGAACCCCUUCUGAAUUAAAGGAGCAUCUUUCCAAUUUAAUCGACCUGGCUUGGUGA